GUCCUGCCGUGCCUCAGUCUGUGGAGGCAGCCACGGCGAGCGAAGCGGAGCCAGUCUUAGAAGGCGGCGUAGAAAAUCCACAUCUGGCUGAUCUCCAAGUGAUAUCCAAGGCUCAUCUCCACUAGACGCUGCCAGCUCACAUCCCCAGCGGCCAAGCCCUUCGUUGCAAGCAUGGACAUCGUGGAGAGGAUCCUCUCUGUGGCCCAGGCCAUCCAUGCCCAAUUCGAGCAGGUGAAGUGCUGCAAGCACCAGUGCCAGCGCCUCGUGGAGCGCAUCCAGAUCCUGCUGGAGCCCGUGAGAAUCCUCAAGGCUCAGCCGCCAAAGCACAUUUCCUGCCAUGAAGAGGAACUGCUGAAGAAGCUGCUGGGGGCACUGGGGGAAGCCCAGAGGCUGGUGAUGAAAUACAGCCAGACCAGCUGGAUCCAGAAGUUCCUGAGAGCCCGCAGCACAGGCGAGGAGUUUGUCUGGGUGAAUGAGAGCCUGGAGGACAUUGCCCAGGGGCUCUCGCUCCUAUUGCAGGCAGAGCAGAAGCAGGCUUUCCUGAAGGCUUUUCAGGCAAAGACAUGCCGCAGGCAGGAUGCUGAGGACCUGAGGGAUGAUAAGGCUUUCUUGGACCAGGUGAUCGCAAGUACUGAGGAGCCUGAAGACAUGACCAAGGAGAUCUACAUCGACAGGCAACAUAUGGAGAGCAAGGUGGACUGGAUGCAAAGCGAGCUGAACAAAAUCGUGCGUGUGAUGGACUGCUUGAAGAAGGUCAAUGUUGGUAAAAGAGAAGACAUCAUCGAGAUCAAGCGGGACAACCUCACCUUCUACAAGAAACUGCAGGACACUGAGAGCUACAACCUCUACAAGGGCGAGUACCUCAAGUACCCUGUUGCCAUCAAAACUUUCAAGAGGCCAUUGACCACCGACCCAGCGAAGGUGAGAGACAUCUUUGAGAAGGAGAUUCAGACCCUGAAGAAGUUUGAGUCUCCAAACAUCCUGCGUAUGUAUGGGAUCUGCAUUGAAGAGAAAGAUGGGAGCCCCUGCUUCUCCAUCAUCAUGGAGUACUGCAAACACGGGACGCUGCGGGAUGUGCUGACCAAGCAACGGCAUCUCUCCUGGGACAUCCGCAUUCGGAUGGCUCUGGGAGCCGCCAGAGGCCUUUACAGGUUGCACCAGACAGAGGAGAAGUCCCGACUCCAUGGCUGCAUCUGCAGUAGCAAGUUCCUGGUGGCCGGGGAUUACUGCGUGAAGCUCUCAGGAUUUGAGCUGUGUGAAACAGAGUCAUCCAUCAAGAGGAAAGCCAAGAAUAACUGGAAACAAGUCUCUAUGUUGGCUUACAUCGCUCCUGAGAACCUGAAAGACACCAACUACCCCUACAGGAGGCCCUGUGAAAUAUACAGCUUAGGGAUCGUGCUGGGGGAGAUUGCAACCUCCAAAAUCCCAUUUGAAGGCUGCACUCCCCAGGAGAUCAUAGAGAAAAUCUGCAACUGCCAAUACCAGGAACCUGUUGGAGACGAUUGUCCUAAAGACCUGCAGAAAGUCAUUAACCAGUGCCGAGCCUUUGACCCUUCCCAGCGCCCUUCUGCUGAGGAGAUUGUGGACGCGCUGUCUGACCUGGAGAGAAGCAGAAACCAAGGAAGUUAACCGGGAAGCAGGGGCGGGCAGCCGAAAGCAACCGGGCGCUUCGGGAAGCGAGCCGAGGGGGAGCAGCGGCACACAGCGUGCCCCUCGCCCCGCUUCCCCGCUCACAGAGACGGCCUGUCCAAUACACGCGUGUUUGAGAACUCCACCCUUCCAGGGGUCUGAGCGCGCCCUGCCAUAGGCUUUGCCCCGGAGCCGUUGCCCGCAGCGGACGCAGAGGGGGGUACGCAAAGGGAGGAGCGCGGGCAGCCUUGGGGCCACGAGGGGAGCAGAGUGGGGGCAAAGGGCCAGGGCCGCUCAGCCCCGCCGCUGCCUCCGCGCUGCCCCGGCGCCCCCUCGCGGGGUUCCGCCGCCACGGCAGCGCCCCGCCCUCUGUUUGAAUGCGCUCGAGUUCCCGCUCUUUCCGCCCCGCCGCUCGCUCCCGCGAUGGAAGCUCCUGACCCCGCCCUUUCCCCCCCCCUGCGGCUGUCAGGGGUCUCACCGCCCAAUCAGCCGGGCACUCCCGUCGCCUCUCUAGCCAAUCAAAACAAGCCCUGCCUUCCCUAGGCGGUCCCCUUUCCCCCUCCGUUUUGUGGGACAGACGGACAGGGCGGCUGACCAAUGAGAAUGCGGGCCUGGCCUCGGCUCGCCCUAUAGAAGCGCACGUAGAGGUCAUAGUCAGCCAGUAGGGCGGUAGGGGCGGGGCGGCGCGGAGCUCGAGCGGGCGGUGGCGCCCAGCGGCAGGUGAGUGGCCGGCCCGACCCGGCCCGGCGUCCCGCGACCGCCGCGGGCGCGGCGGGGUCUCCGCCGAGGUGCCUGCCGCCUUGCAGUGCGGGGCCGGCCGCGGGCCGGUCUCGCCGGGGCCGGGCGGUGGGAGGCCUCUGUGACGGCGGGCCCCGGCCUGAGGCGCUGCUGCGUGGCCGGGGCCGGCGUCCUGAGCGCCGGGGUGCCCGUGGCUGCCGAGGAGAGGCUUUCCCCUCCCGCGCCGCUCGUGUGGCUGAUUCUUGGUUAAAGCGAGCGAGCCCUGUAAGAAGACAGAAAUAAAGCGGUGCUUGUGGAGCGCGUGCUGA